UAUGGGAAACCUGGCGAAAAGCAGGAAGUGCUGAAUUGUCAUUGACAGCAGUGCAGAUUUGUGUUUACCUGUGUAUUUAUGAAACUCUAGUGCAAAAACUUUAUGACAGACAGCUUAUUCUUCUCAACGGAACAGAUAGUGACCACGUAACCCGCCCUCGGAGGAACAUAUGAUCGAGGUUUGAGGGAACUGCGGAGAAAAUGAGUCGAAGCCGGAACCCCCCGCAGAAGGGCCAGGGGGCCGCCAGGGCCAAACAGAUGGGACUGCUGUUGGAUUUGGCUCCUGAUGGCGGGCUGGAUGACUCUGGAGGAAAUGAGGAGGAGCUAGAGGCAGAGCUUCUGGCCUUGAUGGGAGGAGGAGGAGGGAGGGGCGGACCAGCGGGCAGGAAGCCUGGAGGAAAAGCUCCGGUUCCCAUGGAGGACAUUGAGCGGAUGGCAGCUCUUUGUAUGAAAGACCUGGACGAGGACGGAGAUGAUGACGGUGACUUGGAGAACGAUGCUGAUCUCAUGGCCGAGCUGAAUGAGGUGUUGGAAGACGAUGAGGAGCAAGUAGUCAGGAAACCCCCUCCGUCACCAGCACCUCCUCAACGCUUAAAUGCAGCACCCCAGUCCACAGCCAGCCUGGAGUCCCGCCUGCAAGAGCGGUUAGACAUGUACCAAACAGCCAUUACCAACGCCAAGGCUGCGGGAGAGACCAGCAAAGCACGGCGAUACGACCGCGGACUGAAGACUCUACAGUCUAUGUUGACGUCAGUUAAAAAGGGGAAACCCAUCAAUGAAGAAGAGAUUCCUCCUCCUGUGGCCACUGGUGGAAAACCCUCCACUGCGCCGCAGGCCGAGCCAAUCAGAGAGCAAGAAAAACCUGCUCCAGCAAACACGCCACCGCAGACGGCCAACGUGAAGCCAGUCGCUCCACCUAAACCUCAGCUGCUACAGCCUCCAUCAGCGAGACCGAUGGCCGUAACACCCGAUACACCAGCCAUAUCACCCCUCACGCCCAGCCAGCCCAACUCACAGCACUCAGAGCUCAAAGCGAGUAUAUUGAGCAGACAAAGAGAGUAUAAGCUGGCAGCCAUAAAGGCCAAACAGAGCGGAAACACUGACCAAGCCAAACAACUCUACCAAGUGUCCAAGAGGUUGGACUCACUGCUGGAGACGGUUGACCGAGGGGAGUUUGUCGACAUCAACACACUGCCGCCUCCUCCUGCUGAGGUCGAAGUGCCACGUUCAAACCCUCCCCAACUGUCCUCUAAACCAGCCGCUCCUCCUGCUGCACCCGCUGCUGCACCUGCUGCUGCACCCGCUGCUGCCCCAGACACAGUUUUCUCUGCUCCCCGGAGCGUCGCCGAGGCCUUACAGCAGCGCAUGGACAAAUACAAAGAAGCUGCGGAGAGCGCCAAGAGCAAAGGAGACGACCGCAAAGCGCGCAUGCACCAGCGCAUAGUCAAGCAAUAUCAAGAUGCCAUUAAAGCUCAUAAAGCAGGACGGCCUGUGAAUUUGGCAGAACUUCCAGUUCCACCAGGUUGUCCUCCACUGCAGGGCACUGAGGGAGGCAACCAGAACUUUAUGGGCGUCCUGGAGACAGCCAUGAAACUGGCCAAUCAGGAUGCAGAUGCUGACGCGGAUGAAGACGAGGAGCCACAAAAGGUAGCGUCAAAGCCAUCAGCUCAGCCUGCCGUUCAGAAAUCAAGAGCUCCCGCUCCUCCGAAAGCCCCGUCCACCGCAGGGACGCCCACUGGCUCCACAAACGCCCCCAAACCAGGAGGGAAAGCCCAGCAGCAGCUGGAUUUCCUGACGAUGCGCAGGCAGCAGUUUGUGAAGGCGGCGCUGCGCUCUAAAGAGAUGAAGGACAUGCAGGGCGCUGCACAGCACCUCAGAAACGCUAAAGGCAUGGAUUCCAUGAUCAAUGCCGCCAAGGCCGGACUUCCUGUUGACAUCACCAAGGUGCCGGGCGCUCCGGUCAGUGAGGAGGACUACAGACUGUCUCAGUCUCGCUCGUCGGCCGUGUCUCCGCGCUCGGCUGAGCAGUACACACAGCUCAUGGGACAGCUCAAACAGCAGCACGAGAAAUGCCUGGAAUACUCCCAGCAGUUCACUCAUAUGGGGAAUGUAGCAGAAACUGCCAGGUUUGAGAAGCUGGCAGAGGAAUGCAUGAGUAAUAUUGAAAUACUGAAGAAAGCUCAUGCCAAAGGCCAAUCAGUACCCAAGUACCACACAGAGGAGCGCACCUUCAACUCCGUCAAGAUCUUUCCCAACCUGACGUCCAGUGACAUGGUGCUGACCAUCGUGAAAGGAAUCAACCUGCCCGCUCCUCCAGGAGUUUCCGCCAACGAUCUGGAUGCAAGCGUGCGCUUUGAGUUUCCGUUCCCCAGUGCGGAAGAAGCUCAGAGAGACAAAACAAAAAAUGUGAAAAACACCAACUGUCCAGAGUUUAAGGAGCAGUUCAAGCUGAACAUCAAGCGAGAUCACAGAGGCUUUAAGAGGGUCGUACAGGCCAAAGGCAUCAAGUUUGAAAUCAUACACAAGGGCGGUCUCUUCAAGACGGAUAAAGUGGUGGGAAGCGCUCAGCUAAAGCUAGAAGCCCUGGAGAACCAGUGUGAGAUCCGAGAGAUCAUAGACGUGUUAGACGGACGGAAGGCGACGGGAGGGAAGCUGGAGGUGCGUGUGAAGAUCCGGGAGCCGCUGGGUGGAGUUCAGCUGCAGUCUGUGACGGAGAAAUGGCUCGUCAUCGACCCGCUCACACCUUCACCCGAGAAAGAACGAAAGCGGGAGAAAGAGCGAGAGCAGGAGAAGAGCAAGGAAAAGGAACGGCAAGCACCUUCUCCAAGAUCCAAACCCCAAAACGAUCAUGACAGGAACUUUAAACCCAGCUCGUCUCCUCCGCAGUAUAAAAUGCACAGCUUCAGCCUGCUUCACCACGACAAAGAGAGGCUGGAGUGGAAGAUCAGUGAUUAUAAGAAGAACAGACGAGAUCCGUCAGAGCUGAUCAAGCAGCACAUGGACGUCUGUCACCGACUGCAGUGGCAGAAAUCAUACCUGGAGAAACAUCCGGCAGCACUGACAGAAUAUGAAAAUGUGCUGCGGAAGUUCGUUCACGGUCUCUCCGAUUCAGUGAAAACGUUUUCCAGCCAAGGCAACAGGGAUGCAGCGAAAGACGCACUCGGCCGACUGAAGAUGGUGGAGAACGAGCUGGAGUCAGUCAGGAAGAAACGCGCCGUCAGAGAGUGAAGAAAACUGUUCACACACUUCUGAAAUCAUGAGAAUAUAAAUGAAUCGUGACAGAUGUAAAGGAGCUGCAGAGGGAAACACUACACAUACACACACUGAAGCGCUUUUUUUGCGUUGCUGCACUUCAUUACUCUUUGGUCCAAACCAUCAGAACACUCCUCGUCUUCUGUACGGACAGACGUCUGAAUGUUUCCAGUGAGAUCAGACUCAUCUCACCUCAUUCAAAAUGAAGAUAAAUCAUAGACUAUAGGAGGAAUCUCACAAAAACCCAUCAAGAACAUGGCUGGGUCAUAUUUCAUACCAAAAUCAAAAGAUUUGAAAUUAUAUUUUGGAUAAAGCAAAAUACAGUUAUUUUAGGACCAUCAUUUUUUUUUUUUUGCAUUGUGACUUUUUUUAAUAAUAAUUAAGCACAUUUAAACCAUAAUGUUAAAAAUGUAUAUAUAUAAUUUAUAGUGUACAAUAAGCAUACAGAAUGGUAGUAUUUGCUGUAGUACAUUUAUUUUUUCAAUAAAAUUUGAAAUUAAUUAAAAAUAUUUAUUAAAAAAUAAUUAAAAUUAAAUGUGUCUGUUAGAUUCACAUAACAGUAUUAGAGGAAUAUAUAUAUAUAUAUAUAUAUAUAUAUAUAUUAAUAGUAAUGAGAAUUGUGGGGAAAAUUGUGCUUAAUUUCCAAUUCAAAUGGUCUUAAAAUUCUUAUAUAUAUUGUGAAAUAUGACAUUAAUUUGUGAGAUUCCUCCUAAAUGCUUUGUAAAUAAAUACUUCAAAACUAAAUAUGAUCAAACAAUCACUGUUAUCUAUGGAAGCUUGUUUCCACCAUGAAAAAAAAAAAUAAAAAAGGUAAUUUUUAUCUAACAAUUCUGACUUUUUUUUCUUGCAGUUUCAAGUUUUUAUCACGCAAUUCUGACUUUAUAACUUGCAAUUGUGAGUUUAUAUCCCGCAAUUCUGAGAAAAAGUCAGAACUGAGAGUUAUAAAGUCAGAAUUGAGUGAUAUAGUCAGAAUUGCAAGAUAAAGUCAGAAUUGCAAGAGAUAAACUCAAGUCUUUUUUCCCUCACAAUUGCACACUAUAAAUGCAAUUCUGACUUUAUAACUCACAAUUCAGACUUUAUAUCACGCAAUUGUAAGUUUAUAUCUCGCAAUUCUGAGAAAAAAAAGUCAGAACUGUGAGUUAUAAAGUCAGAAUUGCGUGAUUAAAAACUCGCAAUUGCGAGAAAAGUCAGAAUUCCAGAAUUUUUUUUUAGUGGCGGGAACGAGCUUCCAUAGUUAUCCGAGAACAGAAUUCAUUCCCAUGCAUGUAACUAGCACUACAAAAAUGACAUUGAUCUUUUUAUUUUAUCCCUAUUUUUCUUUUUCGUCAUCCAUCUCCUCCUCUCAUUCACCCUAACCUCUCUUCUCCCUCUCUCUCUCAUGUAUAAGUGCUGUUAAUCUGCAGUCUAUAAUAGCAUCUUUACAGUAAUCUGUGUCCUACAGUAUUCCCAGAUUAGGAUAAUGUCACUGCACGACCCUGAUAUGGGAAUAAUCUCAGCACUCCAGGGAAGAUGUUCAAGUGUGUGUGUGUGUGUGUGAGAGUGUGUUAGAUGGACGAGAUGCGGAUAAUAUCCCAUAAUCGCGGAUUAUCCGCACCCCGCUGGAGAACAGACGUGAGAGAAAAUCAAACGGGGUUCAUUGUGAGGGGGUUUCAGAUGGGGGAUGGUGUCAGUGUGUGCGUGUGUGUGUGUGUGUGUGUGUUCAUGGGUCUGUUUGGUUUGAUAAAAUCGAGCAUGUGUGUAUAAAGAGGUUUUGUAUGUGGGUGAUAAUGAAGAAAACGUGAUGAAGAGGUUUUGUGUGGUAUCGAUUCAGAUGCUGAGAUCAGCAUGUUUUUGGGAAGCUGUCGUCUCUUUUUCUUCGCUUGUCUAUUUCAGAGUCAAAAGGGCAUCAACUUUAACCCCUGACCGACACAAUCCGACCCCCUUGUUGUUUGUGUAGGGCAGAUCCACAUUUCUAGAUCUCAGUAGGUUCAGUAUGUCUGUGAUGCAUAUCAACUCUUUCAUGGGGGUGUUUGUUUGUUUGUUUGUUGGUUGGUUGGUUUGGUUUGCGUUUUCAGAGCCAGACAUAAAGCUGCCUCGUUUCCAUGACAACCUUUAUUAUUAUAGGAUGGUGUCUGAACUCCAUUAGCUUGCCUUCGUCUUCAUCAUCCUCAUUCACUCCAGUAUGUACAGAUGAGGUUUAUUACCGUUUCCACAUAUUGAAGGCAAUCACUGCUAAUGUAUUAAUGUAUGUACUGAUGUUCUGAUAAUGGGUCUAUUUUUUAAAAGCUGCAUUAAUUUGCUAAUGUGUCUACGGUGAAGGAUAUGAUAAUGUCUAAUGUGACAAUUAAAAAGAAAAGUUGAGCUAAAAA